GUCACCCCAAUCCUAAUGCCAAAGAUUCCCUCCCUGGUUCAUGGACAGAGAGGGGAUCUCUCUCUCCCUCUCCCUCUGUACUGGAUAGCUGCUGAGGACCAGGACCCAAGCUCUCCCCUAGGACAAAGGUCCUCAGCCUUCCUCCUGGAGACCACUGACGGCAGAGCCUCUCCCCUGCCUUCCCCCAUGGCAGAUCUCCUACCUUUGCUUCCCUGGGCACCCCUGCUAGGGGAGCCCGAGGCCCCCCCAGGCCCGAGCUCCCCCACUCCCCCAGGCAAGCAGCACCCGAGGAAUCAUGGCGGCAGUGGAGCAAAGGGUAGGGCCUGGGCCCCCUGGGAGCUCCUGCCUCUGCCCACCAUACAGGUAACACCCUCCAGCGAAGGGGAGACACCCCCAUGCACCCCGACUCGCCGCAGGCACCUCCAGCUGCCAAGGAUCUCUGACCCGGACAAUUCAGCUGGGGACAGCACGGCCCCCCACUCCGCCCGGAGCACCCCCAGCAGCUCCCCUUCCCUUCGGAAGCGGCUGCUGCUGUUGCCCCCAAACCGGUCCCCACCUGCAGAGCAGGAGAGCGGAGCCAUGGUGGAGAAGGGCUCUGAAAAGGGCUCCGACAGCUCCUCGGAGAAGGGCGGAGGGGCCAGCACUCCUGGAACCCAGUCGCUCAGCAGCAGAAACUUCAUCAGAAACAGCAAGAAAAUGCAGAGCUGGUACAGUAUGUUGAGUCCCACCUACAAACAGCGAAAUGAAGACUUCAGGAAACUCUUCAGCAAACUUCCUGAGGCUGAGAGGCUCAUUGUAGAUUACUCCUGUGCCCUGCAGAGGGACAUCCUGCUCCAAGGCCGCCUCUACCUCUCUGAAAAUUGGAUCUGUUUCUAUAGCAAUAUCUUCCGCUGGGAGACCACGAUCUCAAUCCAGCUGAAGGAAGUGACAUGUUUGAAGAAGGAGAAAACAGCCAAACUGAUCCCCAAUGCCAUUCAGAUCUGCACCGAGAGCGAGAAACAUUUCUUCACCUCCUUUGGGGCCCGAGACCGCUGCUUCCUGCUCAUCUUCCGCCUUUGGCAGAAUGCCCUGCUGGACAAGACGCUGUCCCCCCGGGAGCUGUGGCACCUGGUCCAUCAGUGCUAUGGGUCAGAACUGGGCCUCACCAGUGAGGAUGAAGACUACGUGUGCCCCUUGCAGCAGCUGAAUGGUUUGGGGGGCCACAAGGAGGUGGGAGAUGUGAUUGCCUUGAGUGACAUGACCCUGCCCCGUCGCUCUCCAGACCUCAGCCGAGAGCCCAGCCCUACAGCCUCCCGGAGGACCCAGCUCACACCCUGCCCGUCCCAGGCCAGCAGCGAGGGGGACAACGUGGGAGAGGAGGAGAAAGAAGCCCAGCCCGACAGCCAACCAGUGACCCCAGUGACGGAGCCCCCUCCGAGCGAGAUGCCCCCCGAGGGUCCGGCCGCCCUGGCCUCCUUGGAUCUGCUGCCCAGUGAGGAGAUGUUGACAGACACAAGCAACUCCUCCUCCUCAGCCACGGAGGAAGCCGACCUGACCUCCUUCCUCCCGGACCUCUCUGGCCGCCUGCUCAUCAACUGUGUGUUCCACAUGGGGGCCGACCGCCUGCAGCAGAUGCUUUUCUCCGACUCCCCCUUCCUGCAGGGCUUUCUCCAGCAGCGAAAAUUCACUGAUGUGACAUUUACUCCAUGGAGCGGGGAGAGCAAAUGUCACCAGAGCCGCGUCCUGUCUUACACCAUCCCCAUCAGCAACCCCCUCGGGCCCAAGAGUGCAGCUGUGGUGGAGACUCAGACCCUGUUCCGGCGGAGUCCCCAGGGUGGGGGCUGCGUGGUGGACUCUGAGGUCCUCACUCAGGGCAUUCCGUACCAAGACUAUUUCUACACAGCGCAUCGGUACUGCAUCCUAAGCCUGGCCAGAAACAAGAGCCGCCUCCGCGUGUCCUCAGAGAUCCGUUAUCGGAAGCAGCCGUGGAGCCUGGUGAAGUCCCUCAUUGAGAAGAACUCUUGGAGUGGCAUUGAAGAUUACUUUCACCACUUGGAGAGAGAACUCUCCAAAGCAGAGAAACUGCCCCUAGAAGAGGGUGGGAAGGAGACCCGGGGGCUGCUGUCAGGACUCCGACGGCGCAAAAGGCCUCUGAGCUGGAGGAACCACGGAGAGGCUCCCACUCACGCUGAUCCAGAAACUUGCAGUCGGGGUGGCCUGCACCCUUCAGGCUCCAUUACUUCUCGACUCUCAGAACCAUCCCUGGACCAGAGCCCUGGAUCAGGCAUUCCUGGAAUCCUCCUCAUUAUCAGUGUUGUCCUUGUCAUCCUGGUCGCUCUGAAUGCUCUCCUUUUCUACCGGCUCUGGUCCUUGGAGAGGACAGCCCACACCUUUGAGGCCUGGCACAGCCUUGCUCUGGGCAAAGACCCCAACUCUCCCCAUAGGAAGUUUCCUCAGACGGCAGCUGAGUGGGCAGAAAUUUUGGCCCUCCAGAAGCAGUUCCACAGUGUGGAAGUGCACAAAUGGCGGCAGAUUCUCCGGGCUUCUGUCGAGCUGCUGGAUGAGAUGAAGUUCUCCCUGGAGAAACUCCACCAGGGCAUCGAGAUGUCGGAACCCCCCUUUGACCCUGAGCCCCUUGGAGAGAAUGCUUUCUCUUGAGACUCCCUCCAUCUCCCUCUCAAUCAGCCCCUAGUGAAUGGACAGAUGGACAGCCUCAGUGGACACUGCUGGACCAGUGCUGGACCUUUUGAAUGCCUGCUCCCCCAACUGUAGCCCCCUGCUGUGCCUCCCUUUCCCCAUCAGCCCUUUAUCUCCAGUACCCACAAGAAACUCUCCUCCCCAUGAACAAAACAGCCCCCAACUCCCCCUGUCCCCUCACUCCCCAUCCCUGCACCCCCCAGGUCAGGGGAGAAUGGUCGGACACUUCGACUGCAGAGCUGUGAUGCACUUUAGAACCUGGGGAGGGAACUCUGGGGGAGUGUGGGGGGAGAGAACAAUAGUCUUGCCCCUCCCCUCCAGCCUCCAACAACUGUCUGCCUCCCCCCUCUCCCAGAUGAUACUUGAGAUGAUCCUGGAGCUGGUUGCAAGGGCCUUCUCUGCAGCUCCUUCCCCCCCUUUUCCCCCUCUGGGUAAUUUAUUUGGAAAAGGUCAAGCUGCCCCUGGGAGGGGGACAGACCUAGGGUGGGGAAUCCUAUGGACAGGGGAAGGCUGACUGUUUAGUGUUCCCCCAGAGAUGGGGUCUAAUGUAUUAUAUUUAUUUGGGGCAAACGGAGCCCCAAUAAAGGGUCGGAAAUGUU